CCCGAGGUUCCCCCAUCCGAGGCGCUGGAGGACCGGGACUCCGGGGACCGGGACCGCCUGGUCCAGAGCUCCGCAGGCAGCCUCCGCUGGGGAGCCUGCGUGGAUCCGGGGGGGUUUCUGGGGGCGUUUCCCCGGACCUGGCCCUUGGCAUUGGCCCCGAUCCCCCCCGCCCCGCUGGAUUGGCUGAGCAGCCUGGAAAAUGGUAAAUGACCAUUCGGAUCAAUUACAGGCUUUUAGCGGUGUUGUCUGUCAUAAUUCAUGAUUCGGGUCUGGGAAAAGGACCAGCAGCCCAGCGUGCCAAGAAAGGGGCAGAGUUGGAUGGAGUUGGGUGGACUUCUCCCGUGCCUCCUGCCUCUCCACCCCUAGAGGAUAAAGCACUUUUGCAGACAUUCAGUAGAGAGAGGGGAGAGACCAUGUUUGACUGUAUGGAUGUUCUCGCAGUGAGCCCUGGGCAAAUCCUGGACUUCUAUACUGCGAGCCCGUCUUCUUGCAUGCUCCAGGAGAAAGCCCUCAAAGCAUGCUUCAGUGGAUUGACACAAUCCGAGUGGCAGCGCCGGCACACUGCUCAAUCUAUUGAAACACAAAGCACCAGUUCUGAGGAGCUCGUCCCCAGCCCCCCUUCUCCACUCCCUCCUCCUCGUGUUUACAAGCCCUGUUUCGUAUGCCAGGACAAGUCAUCGGGCUAUCACUAUGGCGUCAGCGCUUGUGAGGGAUGUAAGGGCUUUUUCCGCAGAAGUAUUCAGAAGAACAUGAUUUACACUUGCCACAGAGAUAAGAACUGUGUGAUUAACAAAGUCACCAGGAAUCGCUGCCAGUACUGCCGCCUCCAGAAGUGCUUUGAAGUGGGGAUGUCCAAAGAAUCUGUCAGAAAUGAUAAGAAUAAGAAGAAGAAAGAGCCUUCAAAGCAGGAAUUCACAGAAAGCUAUGAAAUGACAGCAGAACUGGAUGACCUCACUGAGAAGAUCCGGAAAGCUCACCAGGAAACCUUUCCAUCCCUCUGCCAGCUGGGGAAAUACACCACGAACUCCAGUGCCGAUCAUCGGGUGCGCCUGGACCUGGGCCUCUGGGACAAGUUCAGUGAGCUGGCCACGAAGUGCAUUAUCAAAAUCGUGGAGUUUGCUAAAAGGCUGCCAGGCUUCACGAGUUUGACCAUCGCGGAUCAGAUCACCCUCUUGAAAGCAGCCUGCCUGGACAUCUUGAUUCUUCGAAUCUGCACAAGAUACACACCUGAACAAGACACAAUGACCUUUUCCGAUGGCCUUACCCUAAACCGAACCCAGAUGCACAAUGCCGGCUUUGGACCUCUCACGGAUCUGGUGUUCACCUUUGCCAAUCAACUCCUGCCUUUGGAGAUGGAUGACACAGAGACAGGCCUUCUUAGUGCCAUCUGCUUAAUCUGUGGAGAUCGUCAGGACCUAGAGGAGCCAACAAAAGUGGAUAAGCUACAAGAACCUUUGCUGGAAGCGCUGAAAAUUUACAUCAGAAAGAGACGGCCCAAUAAGCCUCACAUGUUUCCAAAGAUCCUAAUGAAAAUCACAGAUCUGCGUAGCAUUAGUGCAAAAGGUGCAGAACGUGUGAUCACGCUGAAAAUGGAAAUCCCUGGCUCAAUGCCCCCUCUCAUUCAGGAAAUGCUGGAGAAUUCUGAAGGACAUGAACCCCUGACACCAAGUUCUAGUGGCAACACGGCAGAGCACAGUCCUAGCAUCUCACCCAGCUCCAUGGAGAACAGCGGGGUCGGGCAGUCCCCACUGGUGCAAUAAGACAUUUUCCAGUCACUUCCGACAUUCCCCACUACCUUCUGUUCCCGGAUUUAAAAAGCAAGAAGAUUUUUUUUUUUUACUGCUGCUUAGUUUUGGGACUGAAAAGAUAUAUUAAAAUUCAAGAAGGACCAAGAAGUUUUCAUAUGUACCAAUAUAUAAAUAUAUAUAUAUACAUAUAUAUAUAUACUCCUCACUGUUUGAUUCCUAACUAGAAAUACAGACUUAAAAAUGUUAAAAUCAGCCAUUUCAUGCAACCAGAAAUGCGUUAAAAGCUUCUAUUUUCUCUUCUAAACACUCAAGAUUGCAUGACAAGACCAAUUCCACCUGAUUGAAACCCCGGUUAGAGUUCUAAGGACUUUCUACAUACGGUUGUCUGGCUCUGCUCUUUCUCGACUGGAUGUGUGGUGCUUUCCUCUUGUCUUGCAUACCCCAAACGACCGCGACGUCAAGGUCGUGAAAAACGAGGCGACUGUCCUUGUCCAGUUAAGAAAGGUUAAAGAGACGCGGUCUUGCCUUCCCAGACCGCUCCAGACACCCGGGGAACAACGUAAGACUGGAAUGUACAUCCAGACAAGGGAGGUUGAGAGAGAUUCUGGGUUAGUUCGUAUGGAAACGUGUCCUGGCUCUUUCUGAUGCUCUCAAACUGCAUCUUCGAUUCCGUGUUGCCCCGUAACAAGUAGAUGACCUCGCUGCACUAGCAGAACAGACUUCUGUUUCAGCGUAACUGCCAGUUCAGUUUAAUCCAAUGUCAUUUGUCCAACUGUUAAUGUCACUUUAAAUGAGAAGUGGUUUAUUACGUGUUUGAUGACAGAACUACAUAGUUGAAGGAGAAGAGAUACUGCAUUUUUACAGUAAGGACAGCCGACAAGGCAGAAACACUUUUCAGUGUUAGGAUGUUUCUGUUUACCCGUUCACAAGCCAUUAGGGAAAUGUCAUUGGACAACGAGUAGGCUGGGCUACCACCUAUACUUUGCAAGUCAUGCCAAGUGUGGGGAUUCGCCAGCCUCCUUGAUGCCAAGGGCCAUCACUAAUUCCCAAAGGCAUGGGCAGAGAAUCUGUCUCUUUUGACUGUAAUAGAGUGGUUAACAGAUGAAAGGGUCAGUUUCUUAGGUCUCAUUUAAGCACUAGUGGAUUUUUUUCCCCUGAUAUUUUAGGAAGUCUGUGAUGUACUUUCACUGGCUCUGUUUGUACAUUGAGAUUGUUUAACAAUGCUUUCUAUGUUCAUAUACUGUUUACCUUUUUCCAUGGAGUCUCCUGGCAAAGAAUAAAAUAUAUUUAUUUUAAAGGUGUGUGGGAG